ACGAUAUUACAGAUUACUCAAUUUUACAAUAAAUUCCACUACGUCCAUUAAGUUUUAUUAAUAAGACAGUAUUAUGGCAAGCAACUCGAUCAACGAAUACAUAUUCAAAUUACUAGUGCUUUUUGGCAUUGUACACAUUACUUUGGGAUCGACAGCAUGUGAUGUUUGUGUUUGUCAACCGACGGCGGAUGCUCCAUUUCUCACGUCAUGUUCAAACCCCAAUUUGACAACGGUUCCGGAUAAUAUUAUAAACACAACCAAGAUAUUUAUUGCGAAUGAUGGAAGCAUUCAAAAUAUAACUGCAAUGGAUUUUGCAGGACUAACCUUACUUGAACAACUGGAACUAAACAACAACAAGAUAUCUACAAUUGAAGAUGAUUCAUUCAAAGAUUUAAUAAGCUUGACGACACUCAAGGUUGCAUCCAAUGCUCUCAAUCAACUAUCCAUAGCAUCAUUGAAUGGGCUACCUAACUUAACACAUUUGGAAAUAAAUGAUAACAUGGUCACAACUGUUCCAGAUCAUGUUUGCAGCAAACUCACAUCAUUACAAUCACUGAGUGCACAAGAUAAUAAAAUAACGACGAUCGGAUCACAAGUUCUUAUGGGAUGUGAUUCUCUUAAUCACAUUGAUUUAUCUAAUAAUGGCAUAACUGCAAUUGAUGAAGAUGCAUUCAAGGGUUUGGAUAGUCUUGCUACACUGGACAUCACAGGCAAUAAGUUGACAGCAUUUUACAGUGCAUGGUUCGUGAACAAAUCAUCCAGUAUUAAUUUUAAAUUUGACAACAAUGCUACUUGGUACUGCAAUGUACAAAUGAAGGAUGAAUAUGCCGAGAUCAAUAAAACUCAUCCAAGUCUUCUGAGUUGCAAUAAUGCAAAUGGGUUUUGUCCUUUGUGUGAUAAUUUUGGAGGAGUGAGACUCACGGAAAUCAUCAUCACAGAAAGAACUGUGACUGUUUCAACCACAACAGUAAAAGGAGAAACAGAAGAUCCUUCUGCUACAACUGCUUGCAAUAAUAUGACAGCUACCUGCCCAGGAUCUGGCUUCAAGAACAGACCAGAUAUCUUCCUUCUACUUGUAGCUAUGCUUAUGAUAAUUCUUCAUCAGUAAUAGACAAAAAAAACUUCGAAAAACUCACUACACCCAUAUGAGUUUAUAAUGCCAGAGCCAAGCCAAGACAGAAAUUUAAACAAUAAAAAAUCCCAAUUCACCAGUUCCCAUAAAUUUAUUUUAAUCCGAACCAAUAAUUUAUAGCUAUUGCCUAUUUAUUAUAAUAGUGUAACUUUAGAAUUGACUGUAAAAUUAACAUUGACUUUUCUAUUAUUUACAUUAGAAUUAAAUUUCUACAUUCCUAUUUCAGUAAUAUUAUUUUCUGAUAAAUAUUGUAUAUUAUCUCACAUCAAUGAAUUAGUAGAAUACUUUAUUAUAUUAUUCACUGAUUUCAUGUACAUCACCGUGGAAGAUACUCAGUGCAAUGAUAAUGUGUAAUUUAGCACUGAUAGAUUUAGCAAAUGUUGUUUUUUGUUAAAAUUAUGAAACCGGAUCAUAGAUUUGAAGAAAUUGAAAAAUAUUUUAGCAUAGUACUCAGUAGCAUAGUAGAUACAUUGAAUGUGCAUUGUAUUUCAUUAUCAUGAAAUUUAGAUAUUUUCAUAUGCUGUAAUUAUAUAUUCUCGAAUAUAUAUUAGGUUG